CAGUAGGAUUUCAGAGCACUAGAGAUGAUUUUUUCUGUAUUUUUUUUAUACAAUUUUUCACUAAAACAAUAGAAAACACAAGUAUACGAUACACCCUUGAUUUAUGGAGCAACAAAAAAUGUCAAAUUCGUCCUCAACAUGUCCACCUGUCACCCGUAAUUAAUUUCAGAGAGCAGAAAGUAGUCUAAUUAAUUUUAUGCUUUCAUACAUAACCCCUUGCCUAUACAAACUUCAAUAAUUUCCGUUCUGACAGAAUAAUGUGAGACACCCUGCUGUGAACCGUCAUUAAUUUAAUAGUACCCACAAGGGAAAAUAUUUGAUUGAGAAUACCAAAAACUAACAGAUAAAGAAAUCAAAUACCAAAAUUUGCUUGAAAAAAUCCAUGCCUUGCAAAGUUAGUUGGAAUUUAGGCAAUUUUGUUGUAAAAACUUAUGUUUGUCCAUUUACAAUACAUUAUUAUUUAUUGGUUUUCACGCAUAUUUUUUGCUGUCGGUAUAAUAAUUAAUUGGUCAUUACCGUAAUGAGAUGACGAAGAAAGCAUAGUUGAUAAUGGAAAUAAUUGCACCUGUAAAGAGGUCACGUCCAGAGAUGCGUGACACGUCCCAUUACAUAUUUACACUACCCUUUUGUCUCAUCUUGUUUUGUUCUUUUUGCAAAAUCAUAUAUGUUCCCAAUAGUACGGAAAUAACGAGUAUGUCCCAAAAUUCAAAACAACUCGGCUUUUCAUUCCACUCGCAGAGAUGACAUUGACCACAACAACAAUGGUGUUUUUAAUGGCCGCCGCAAUUUUAGGAUUUGUCGCAGGCACGACGCUCAUAAUUUCGAGGCAGUGUGUCGACAAUCCGUCCAUGUGUCCAGAUAAUAAUGGAAAUCAGUUCUUCUACUAUUGGACCACGGGACAGAGACCGAUCGUGGCGACGGGAUCGGGCGACGUUCGUGGCGUAACGUGGACGUCGCGGGAUGGAAAAGCGUUCUCAGCCUUCUUGGGGAUACCGUAUGCACAAGUGGAGACCCGUUUUGAGCCGGCGAAACCUUAUCCGAAAUGGGACGAAGUCCGCGAAGCUGCCACGUUCGGUCCGGUAUGUCUUCAAGUUGAUCGGAAAAAGUGGAUCAUUUCCGGUUCGGAGGACUGUCUGUUUCUCAACGUGUAUUCGCCACAGAUAAGUAACGAUUCCCUCCUCCCAGUUAUGGUUUGGAUUGAUGGAUCGCUCGGAUGGCAGCAUGGUUCUGGGGACAAGGUCAACCCUAAGAAUUUUAUGGAUGAGAAAGUCGUCCUCGUCACGUUCAACUUUCGACAGUCGUCCCUUGGAUUUUUAAGCUCGGGCGAUGGAGAAGUUCAAGGAAAUUUUGGAUUGAAAGAUCAAGUCCUCGCGUUAACCUGGGUGAAGAAAGAAAUUAAAAAUUUCGGCGGUGAUCCCGACCGUGUCACAAUUUUCGGGUCGGACAGCGGUGCAGCGUCAGUUCAUUUGCAUAUGUUGUCACCCAUGUCGAAAGGCCUUUUCCACCGUGCCAUCUCCCAAUCAGGGUCAGCCCAUUGUCCGUGGACACUAAUGCAUAACGCAGCCUCAAAAUUCGCCUCAUUAGCGGAACAACUGGACUGUAACGGAACCUCUACGAAAUCAAAGUUGGAUUGCAUCCGGUCAAAAAGUGGGGAAGAAGUGGUCAUGGCAGAGUGGAAAAUGAAGAAUUCGACUUGGAAUGGCGAACCGUACGCGACGUUUGGCCCCACGGUGGAGAAAAGUGGAUCGAAUCGAUUUCUGGAUAAGACGCCGAGAGAGCUCAUUUCUUCCCGAGGGGGCGAUAUGGUGCCUUGGAUUGUCGGAUUUAAUGAGGAAGAAGGUCGCUAUUUCGGGUCAAAAGUUCUAAACAGCGUAUAUUUGACGAACGAGUUGAACACAAAUUGGAAAUCUCUCGCCCCCAUUUCCUUCUUUUAUGAAGACAUUUUUCCAUCGCAGGCGGAAAAAGAUAGUUUCUCGUCACGUUUACAAAACACGUAUUUCGGAGGACGCUACAUUGGUCGGGGGGACACGUGGGAAAAUUACACGAAUUUGUACACGGACAGGUAUUACUUGUCUGGAAUAAUGGAGAGUGUCAAAGGUCACGGGGGUGUUGUGUACCCCUAUAUUUUGAAGUACAAGAGUGACCUCACCUACUAUACGGGAUUUAUUACUGGAGAAUUUAGGAUUAAGAGGGCACCCUCCCAUUUUGACGAGUUAUUCUACCUCUUCAACUGGGAGUGGACAUUGGAACAGAUUUGGUACACGAACUUUUCCAAAAAGUUGGUCAAAAUGUGGGUCACUUUUGCAGAAACGGGGGUUCCUCAAGGCUGGGGAAGUAAACCAGACUGGCCGCAGUAUUCUCCCAGUGACAAUGGGACCAUCAACUGGUACGUUAUCGACGCUGACACGAGUAUCAUGGCGGACGAUCCCGGCUGGGAGAUAAGAUUAGAUUAUUGGAAAAGUGCAAAUUUGCGGGAUGACAGUGCUCUUUGAUUAAUACAUGAGAAAUCAACUUAAAAAAUACACUAAUUUGUCAAUAUCUCAUUAAUUACCCAGUCAUUAUAAAAAAUACAUAAUUAUUACAAAACGUA